AACGACCUCUGAUCCACCACCCCACAAUAUUACAAAUUAGGAUAGGCUCUUCACUACAUCACCAUCCUCUCCUUCCUCCCCUUCCCAUCGCUCCUCUGCUCUGCUCUGCUCUGCUCUGCUCUGCUCCUCAUCCAAGAGAAAGAGAAGAGUCAUGUCUUCGUUCCCUCAAUUUAAGAUCUUCUUCGUCUUCCUCUUCUCAUCGAUUCAUCUAACUCUCUCCUUAAAUCACCAUAUAAUCAAUUUCCGAUCACCAAAUCUCUUCCCAGAAGGCUUAGCUUGGGACCCAAGAGCCCAGCACUUCGUCGUCGGCUCCCUUCAUGAUCGUUCCAUUAAAGCCAUCUCCGACGCCGGCGUCGUAGAAUCUCUCAUCUCCGACACAGACCUUCCACCCGAGGUAACCAUCGUCGGCCUCGCCGUCGAUUCCGUCAAGCGCCGCCUCCUCGCCGUUAUCCACGCCUUCGAUCCUCACCCUCCGUUCAACGCUCUCGCCGCCUAUGAUCUCCGCUCGCGCCAACGUCUCUUCCUUGCCCCACUCACUGAUCCCACUUCCUCCGACCGUCAAAUCGCUAACGCCGUCACCGUCGAUUACGGCGGCAAUGCUUACGUCACCAACUCCGCCGGCAACUUCAUCUGGAAAGUCACCAUCAAAGGAGAACCGUCGAUUUUUUCAAGAUCGCCUCUCUUUACUUCCCAACACGUGUAUCGCGAUGAACUCUACAGUUCCUGCGGGCUUAACGGCGUUGCUUACGUCAGAAAUGGGUUUCUCCUCGUGGUUCAGAGCAACACGGGAAAAUUAUUCAAAGUCGACCUCGACGACGGCGUAGCUCAAAUGGUGUUGUUAGAGAAGGACUUGACGGCGGCAGAUGGGAUCGCCGUUAGAGUUGACGGCGCUCUGGUGGUAGUUUCGCAGCAUAAAGCUUGGUUUCUAAAAAGCAAGGAUGGUUGGGGAGAAGCAGUUGUAUAUGACGAAACUGCCCUUGAUGCCGAUAGGUUUCCUACUUCGGUUGCGAUUAGAGAGGAUAAAAGGGCUUAUGUGGUAUAUGGGCAGGUGGAUAAGGGUAUUGCUGGAAAUGUAGAGAUAUCUGAGUUUGGUAUAGAAGAAAUAGUUUCGUCUGUGGAUAAUAAAGAGGAGGCCGUUUGGUUAUAUGUUUUGAUUGGGCUGGGCUUGGCUUAUUUCACGUAUUGGAGGUUUCAGAUGGGCCGGCUUGUUAAGAACAUGAACAAGAAAACUGCUUAAGAGUCGAGAGCACUUCUUAGAAAUAUUUUUUGGUACAUUGUAUUUCAGUUUUGGUAGUGUUUAUUGUGGUUAACACAUUAGUUAUUUGAAUUGUCAAAUCAUAUCAGCUUCCUCUUGGUGUUAA